AUGCCUUUGAAGCUAUGUGGACCGCCCUCAACCCAACCGGACCGUGACAAGGCCAUGCCUACAAGGGCCCCCAGGCCUCUGCCGAAUCCCCCGCCUCAGAGACCUAAGAUCAUCGGUCUUUUUAGCCUUUCUGGAGCUGGGACAACAUUCUUGGUCAACCAAUUAAAGAAAGAAAUCGGAGAAGACGAGUUUGCAUUUUAUGACGCCAACCAAGCUCUCGAAGGGGUUUGCCCCGGUGGACUGUUGGCAUACAAUCCCCUCGAUUUCGACCAGGGGCAGCAAUACCGCGAUGUCACUAUUAAUGCUUUUCAGGAGGAGUGUGCGAAGAAGGAUGUCAUGGGAGUGGUGGUUCGCUACUUGACACUCUGGGAUGAAGACAACCAAUGCGUCUCUCUCGCCCCAUCAGCAGACGUGAAAGCGCAUACCCACAUCCUGUACCUGGAACUGCCAUUUGCACAAUAUUCCCACAACUCGGAACACUCCUUGGAAAAGUCCUCUCAAGAUGAGGUAGAGCAAGCGAAACUCAAGGACUGGGACUGCUGGCAGAAAAGAGACAUAUCUUACUUGCGCCGCUUCUGUCAUAGGUAUGACAUUACCUUCACAGUCCUGACACCUCAUCUGGGCACCGUACCCAAGGUAUCCAGCCUUAUCAAGGACCUUCAGGUGUUUAGCCAGGCCCACAACAGAAGAGCGGCCAAGGAACAGUUGAUGCGUAUCAUGGAAACUCCUCGCGCAGAGUUUGUGGAAACUGUUUUACUGUUCGACGCAGACGGAACUCUUUCACCCCAGGACAGCGAGUACCUGCUCUGGUGCCAAGUUCCUUGUCAACUUAUGCCGGUGGGACUGGAGAAUAUUCCUUCGAAAGCAACAUUGAGCCAUAUUAGUUCUUCGUACAAGGACUAUCUCCAGACAGUGUUGCUGCAUGAGGAAGUUUUCGAUGACCAGACAUUUGCUGAUGUUUGCCAGGAGGUCGCAGCAGCUAUCAAGAUGUACCCCGAUAUGCUAGCUCUCUUGCGCCAGGCUAUUGAGACACCUCACACAUUGCCGAUAAUAGUCACUGGGGGCCCGCGUCUGGUCUGGGAGAUCGUCCUGAAAAGGGUAGGGCUGUUUGAAACUGUCCAUGUGAUUGGAAGUGGUCGUCACAAGGACCACGCUAUGAUGACCCCCGAAGUCAAGGGAUUGCUAGUUGCUCUCCUUCAAGGGAAAUGGAAUGCAGACGUCUGGGCAUUUGGCAGCAAUCUGGUAGAUGCGGUCAUGUUUCUGAAAGCCGACAAAUCUGUUUUCGUCACCGAUUCAGAGACCUGGCUUAUUGACGACACAGGCCCAGUCUGGAAAGAGCAUCUUCAAGAAACCUGUCCUCAAUUGCAGGAUGUGCUUCUUUCCACCAACAGCACCAUGGCUCCCCAAUAUCAACCUCAAAAGAUGCACCUGCUAGGCAAGAGCUUGGUCAACAAAAUCUUUUCCCGUCGUCUUCGAAUCUUCUAUAUCACCAGAGACAAACCAUCUACGAUUCUCAUGUCUUUCGAGCCCGAGUGCAGUCCCACAUACCCAAUCUGGAGAUCUGCUCAUCAUGAAAUCGGAGCAUUACUCGCAAACCGCUUCUUGAAGGACAACCUCGUUGACGAGAACCCUCUCUCAGAUGACAAUUAUAUGUUCCCACGGAACCUGACCAUCCUGGCAGCGACACCGGGCAGCAUGCCAAUGGCGCUUGGCAUCCACAACGAGUAUUUUGGUGCCAAUUUCUUGACUCCCGACACUCUAACAGAUCUUGGCAACGACGGCAGCGACAUAUUGACGGCAACACGUGUGUUGGUCCUCGUAAAAUCCGUGAUCAUCAAUGAAAGUUUCUUGAUGGAUCUCUUGAAAAAGUACAGCGUGGCGAUUGAAUCCUUGGUGAAAGUUGUCAUUGUUGCUGGGGUCAUUCGCUCAUCGCUCAUGACAAAUACUAAGCUCGCUCGACUUUUUGGUCAGAGGCCGAAUGUCAAUUUUGUCACAUUGCAUUUUACGGAUGAUUCGGGCAGCCCUGACGAUGCUCCUGAGCUUGAGAAUGUCUAA